AUGGAGACCGCUUCGAGCGUAGCCGCGACUCGUGGUGGUUCGCUUCAGAAUCCGUCGCCGAAUCAGUCAAGGAAAGAGUGGCGCGCCGUUUCCGAUUCACAUAACGUUAACAACUCCACAGACUAUGCGGAUUUGGAACAGUUGAAGCUAAACCAGACGGAUGAGAGAACCAUUUACGAGAAUGGAAGAGAGCAGGUUGAUUUGGAUUACUACUCCAUGAGGAUGGAUGGUCGUUGCUCAGAUGCUGAGCUGCUGGAGCAGCGGAUUCACACCGUUUCUAAACAGAAAGGAGAGCUUGAGCAGCUGGAGAUUGAGCUUCGAGCUCAGAUGAUGGCAAUGGAAAUCCAGAGGAACUUUGAGUCUCAAUCCGCAGAGUAUGCUAAUGCUGCUGCUAGAAUGCAGGAGCAACUUCAUGAGAAGGAGAGAUCUAUAAGGGAGAUGGAGAGAAAGAUUGAAGAGAAAGACAGAGAGCUUCAUGCGAUUAAACUGGAUAAUGAAGCGGCCUGGGCAAAAGAGGGUCUCCUAAGAGAACAAAACAAAGAACUUGCCACUCUCAGAAGAGAGCGUGAUCACUCUGAAGCUGAGAGGUCUCAAAAUAUGCAUAAGAUAUCUGAACUUCAGGAGCAUAUUCAAGAGAAAGAGAGACAGUACUCUGAGUUGCAGGAGCAAAAUAGGAGUGCUCAAGAUGCUAUCUUGUUCAAGGAUGAUCAACUGAGAGAUGCGCAAGGUUGGAUUACUCGUGCCCAAGAGAUGGAUGCUUUACAGUCAUCUACCAAUCAUUCGCUGCAGGCUGAAUUGCGAGAACGUACUGAGCAGUACAACCAGCUCUGGCAUGGUUGCCAGAGACAGUUUGUGGAGAUGGAGAGAUUGCAUUUGCAUACAGUGCAACAGCUUCAGCUUGAGCUUGCGAAUUUUAAGGAAGGAGGUGGCUCCAAAACAAAUUCCAACGGUGCCUCUCAGAUUAUCCAGAACAGCGUGAACCAAAUCGAGAACAACCGUGUUGAUGCUGUGUCUUCUUCUGGUCUUGGGACGCAUGGGUAUCCUCAAGCGGGUCAAAUAAACCCUCUGCAAUCUUUUAUCAUGCAACAACAAGAGAUUCCUCAGCUGGUUCAGCCUCGGGGACCUUCACCUCAAGUUGCACAACCAGUGUUGCUGCAGCAAAAGGCUGUGCCAGCUGCUAGCUCACAGAUGCCUACGCAGAAUCAUGCGUAUCUUUCUCAAGGUGUGCAUCGUGUGGUAAACUCUGAUGCGAAGAGUGAACACCAAGCGCCUGCCAAUGGACAGUUCCUUGGUCAAGGUUAUCUGGAUGUGCAAACUAGCCAAGGAGCACAGUAUGGAUCGACUACUACACCAUCGUCCUCUGUGAAUGAUGAACAUGUAGGAGGAGAUGUCUCUCCCCAGGAGAAAGCUAAUGGUAAAGUUUCACCUGGUGAACAAAACGGUGCUAAACCCGUCGUGCCUGAAACUCAAGUCUCGUCUGGGAAAGCUGAGAGGAACUUAGAGAGUGCCCUUCUCGAUGAGAGGUCGCUUUUGGCUUGCAUUGUUCGCACUAUACCAGCUGGUGGUAAAAUCAGAAUCAGCUCAACGCUUCCAAACCGUUUGGGGAAGAUGCUAGCACCUCUGCACUGGCAUGAUUACAAGAAGAAGUAUGGGAAGCUUGACGAUUUUGUUGCUAGCCAUCUCGAGUUGUUUGUGAUAGAGGACGACUACAUUCAAGUUAGAGAAGGAGCACAGAAAAUGGUAGCAGCUUCAGCUUCAGCCGCAGCAGCCAAAGUAGCAGCGGCAGCAGCAGCAGCUCCAAACUCCAUGUAUGUGGCUAUGACUCCUAUGGCUCAAUCUCAGGGGUUGAAGAAACCAGUCCAAAGAGAAAGCAUCUCCAGUGUCAAGAUCUUGAGCAAGCCACAACAGAGCUCUGAUUAUAUGGGGAAGCAAUAG